UCCGACUCGGCUCAUAUGGAGGAGUGCACCCUCCACCCCAGACGCCCUUUCGCAUCUCUCUAUCGUCCUGCGCGGACGCCACCACUCCCACCAAGUGCUAGGGCAAAACCAUCCAGACGCUCUCCCCUCUCGAUCCAUCAUGAUCCAUUGCUCCUCUCUCCUUUUCCUCUCUCCCAUCGCUCCCGAAUCGCCGCCUGCUCUUGCUGGCCAUUUUGUCACACAGGAUUAGGGGCCAGCGUAGAUUGUCGGCGCCCAAUUGGAUACGGAUCCCCCCCCCCCUCUCUUCCCUCUUUCUUUCUUCCGUUCGUUCGUUUCUAGGAGGAAAUCUUAGUGCAAAAUCGGAACGUUUAAAGUUUCUUUUCUUUCUUCCUUCUUUUUCGGAUCUCCGUCUCCAUUCUCAUCCAUCCCGUCCCAGGUUCUCUUUCUUUCUUUGACGGAUUCGAAGCCCCUCCCCCUCUCCUCUUGCAUGGAAUCCUAGAAGGAUGCUUUCGGUUCUGAAGGCAAAGGGAGCACUUUGUAGGGUCUCUUUUGCUCACGCUGUAUGGAAUCGGAGGGGAACAUGUCUGGUAACCGAGGGAGCAUGAAGGAGAGUAGCAUUGGGGAAGAGAGGGCGGAUCGGGGAUCUGAAGAGGCCUCGACAAGAGAUGGCGAUGCGCUGGUCGGUAGUUAUGUGGGCAGUAAUGUAUCUCGAGCCACGAGGUUCCUCCUGGGGAAGGUCUCAUCCUACGACGGCGGCAGAAGAAAGUAUGGCGUCGUGUACGAGGAUGGGCAUCGCGAAGAUUUGGAGCACCAGCAGGUGUACAAGAUCCUCAUGGUCGAUGAUGGGGGAUCGAGUGUGAAGCUGAGCUGUAGGAAGAGGAAGCUGGACCAGUUGGCCUCCUCAGGGUCUGGAGACUUGAAGACGCCGCCAAGCGCAAGGUCGAGGAACAAUGCUUCAGAUGUCUCGGAUGGAGCUGAAACCUCUUCGGUUAGCAGGUUGGGUUCCAACCUUUCCGAUGAUGCCGACUCUUCCAGUGAUUCCUGUGACUGUGCCCGUCCUCCGGUUUCUGUGCCAUCCAUGGAGAUCCAGAUGUUGCCGCUGCCUUCGUCAUCCGGUGACAUUGCUGUUCCAGAGGAAGCGAUCAGUUAUCUAUUUUCCGUGUACAAUUUCUUAAGAUCGUUCAGCGUCCGGUUGUUUCUGAGCCCCUUUGGACUUGAUGAUUUUGUGGGGUCUCUCAACUUCAAUGCCCAGAAUUCCUUAUUGGAUGCCAUCCACGUCUCCCUCAUGCGGGCUCUGAGGCGGCAACUUCAAAUGCUUUCCUCAGAGGGCUCGGAACUAGCCUCAAAAUGCUUAAGACAUCAAGAUUGGACUUUGCUCGAUGCAUUAACUUGGCCAGCUUUCUUAGUGGAGUACCUCUACAUAAUGGGAUACAUGAAAGGCCUUGGUGGGAAUGGAUUCGGUAAUACCCUUUCGGACAGUGAAUAUUACAGGCUUCCCGUGGCCGUGAAACUCAAAGUUCUGCAAAUAUUGUGCGAUGAUGCCAUAGAUUCUGCAGAGCUAAAAACUGAACUAGAAACGCGGGAAAAUGUGGAAGAAGAGAGAGAAUAUGGUGUAGGUGUCAGCCUUCCUCCAGAGAGCGGGACAAGGAGGGUGCAUCCCAGAUAUUCCAAGACUUCGACUUGCAAGAGUGUGGAAGCUUUGCAGAAGUCUGUUGAACCAAAUAAACCAAUUCCAGGUUCUAAAGUUAAAGUGGAACCAGAUUCGGAUGCAUCAGAUGCCUCUCCUGAUGGGAAUAGCGAUGAAUGCAGGCUUUGUGGAAUGGAUGGGACUUUGAUUUGUUGUGAUGGGUGCCCCUCAGCAUAUCAUUCGAGAUGCAUUGGUCUGAACAGAGCAUUUCUUCCUGAAGGCAUGUGGUAUUGUCCAGAAUGCACGGUGGACAAUCUUGGCCCAACAUCUUCCAGAAUAGGAAGGGGUGUAAGAGGGGCUGAGAUCUUUGGUGUUGAUGUAUAUGGGCGGAUGUUUCUGGGAACUUGCAAUUAUUUACUUGUGACUGGGACGUCAUUGGAUUCGGAGCCAUUUUCUAGAUACUACAAUCAUUGCGACAUCAUCAAGGUCCUAAGUUUGAUUUGCUCAACAAGAGAAAUCGCAUCACUGUAUUCUGAUAUCUGCAGGGGCAUAUUAAAAUAUUGGGAGUUUCCACUGUCCAGCAUGCAGAUUGGAAAAACUGAACCCAUCAGUAAUCAACUGAUUGACAAGGAACCUGCCACAUGCCACAUUCCACUCUCCAACAGCUCAGUUAACAAAACUGUUAAUUUCAUUAAUAACGCAGAAGGGGAGAACUCUGCUAUUAACAUAAAGGAUAGCAAUGCAGACAAUAAGACAAACUUAAGUCAAAAGAAUGACUGCAAUGAAGCUGAGGUCAAUGGCUCUGCAUUGGACUUUGUGGAGCAGCCCAACUUUCCAGAGAUGCAAAAAUAUGAUUUGGCAAACACUGAAGUAUCUGCCGAGAAGACACCAGAUGUUUCUGAUAAAUUAUUGGUACCUCCAAAAGAUGAAGAAUUUACUUCCAGAAAAGCUUCUUUGCCAAACCAAAAGGGUCUCCCAGUUAUCCAGACAAAGACCACCGAGCAAUUUUGUGAUGCAUUUAUUCUAACUGAUGUGUCUUACUCAAACCAACCAAUUUCUGCUGAAAGAUCAGCUGUGCAAGACACUGCAACUUGUGUGUCAGGAAAUGAGAAUGGAAUAUGCAAGGAAGAUGCAGGUAGCUCUAUUUUUUCAACAAAGAAUGAUUCUCUAAGUAUAUCUUAUAAAGGCAAACAUCAGACCCAAAGUUAUGGUGAGAAAUGCAGAAUUCUAAGUGACAAGAGCUCAAGUAAUUUAGCUCCCUUCAAGCCCCAGGCUUAUGUGAACCAGUAUACUCAGGGUGAUAUUGCUGCAUCAGCAGCUGCUAAUCUGGCUGUUCUGACAUCUGAAGAGAGUAGGGUUCUGGAAGCUCAUUUUUUUUCUAACCCUAGGAAAACGGUGAGUGCAAACAUUACAUUGCAAAUGAAAGCAUUUUCUGUAGCAACCAUGCAGUUUCUCUGGCCAAAUCCAGAGAAAAAGCUCGUGGAGGUCCCAAGAGAAAGAUGUGGUUGGUGCAUUGCAUGCAAAGGUGCAAGCACAAAUAAAAAGGGGUGCUUGCUAAAUUUAGCUGCCACCAAUGCCAUUAAAGGAUCAACAAGAAAUGUUAGUGGCUUUCGUCCAGUUAAGCAUGAUGACAGCCACUUUUCUAUAAUUGCUUCACGUGUUGCAAACAUGGAGGAGAGUUUGCAUGGUUUAUUAGUUGGUCGGUUGUCAGAUGCACAGUAUAACCAACAUUGGCAUAAACAGCUAAGAGAAGCUUCCAGCUGCAGGAUCCUAAAACUCUUGCUACUUGAGCUUGAAAAGAGUAUUCGUGGGAUUGCUUUUCAUGGAAGCUGGUUUAAACUGGUGGAUGAUUGGUCGAUUGAAUUAUGCACAGAAUCUGCUGGUAUAUUCCGCAUGGGAUUAAAUCAAAAACGUGGGCCCAGUGGGAAGCGAAAUAAGCGACAAUCUGUCGCAUCUGAUUCUGCACUAUUCUCUUCUGAUGAUAACUGGAAGGAUGUGCAGUGGUGGCGGGGAGGAAAGCUUUCAAAGAUUGUUUUCCAGAAGGGGGCUCUUCUGAGUGCCCUAGUCAGGAAAGCAGCCCGUCAAGGUGGUAUAAGAAGGAUAUCCUGUAUUUCUUAUCCUGAAAGUUCUGAGCUUCCUAGAAGAAACAGGCAAUCUGCUUGGAGAGCUUGUGUAGAAAUGAGUAAGAAUGCAUCUCGGCUCGCUCUUCAGGUGAGGUAUCUUGAUGCUCAUAUAAGGUGGAAGGACCUUGUACGUCCGGAGCAAAUCCCUUUGGGUGGGAAAAGUUCAGAUGUUGAUAGUGCUGUUUUUAGAAAUGCAGUCAUAUGCAAUAAAAAGAUUGUUGAAAAUAGGAUGAUAUAUGCAGUUAAAUUUCCCAAUCAGAAGCAUCUUCCCUUGCAUGUAACAAAGAAUAUUCUAGAAGCAGGGAAUAUCCAGGGUGAAAAUGGCAACUGGUGGUUCUCUGAAAAUCAUAUUCCAUUAUACUUGAUAAAGGACUUCGAAGAGAGAGUUGGUGUGAAAUCCUCACCUUGUUCAACAAUCUUAAACUCGCAUUAUUUGCUGAAGUUUCAGAAAAAACAAUCGGAAACACGUCGUAGAGAUAUUUUCUUAUAUCUUUUGCACAAGGGAGAGAAGCCCAGCAAGUGUUCAUGUGCAUCAUGUAAACGUGAUGUUCUUCUAAGGGAUGCUGUCAGAUGUAGUUCUUGUCAAGGUAAUUGCCACACAUAUUGCUCAAUAUCUUCGGUUGCUGACAAGAUUACUGAUCCAGGCUCCAAUAUCACAUGCAAAUUAUGUUAUCAUACUAAAUCUGCUGCACUCAAUGCAAGUCGAAGAGAGAUUCUAAACAGUCAGUUGCCUUCUCAAAGGCAAGAUCGGUUGGUGGCAGGUCCCACAUUCAUGCUAAAGAUUGGGUAUCCUCACACUGCACGAUCAGUUGGUAAGGCAGAAGCUCAUCUAGAAAUGAGGCCUUUAGCUUCUGGUCCUAACUCAGGACGCAAAGCUAAACGUAGUGGAGCAUGUCAGUCAUUUGGUCUUAUUUGGAAGCGGAACAAAGGUGAUGAGUCUGGCCAGGAUUUUAGGGUUGAAAAUAUCAUUCUCAAAAGCAAUGAGGGUAUUAGUUCUCCGAGAAGACCAAUUUGUUGCCUCUGCAAUAGUUCUUACCGUUCAGAUCUGAUGUAUAUCUGCUGUGAGAAAUGCCGAAAUUGGUACCAUGCAGAUGCUUUGCAACUCGAGGAAGCUCAAAUUUUCAAUUUGUUAGGAUUCAAGUGCAACAAGUGCCGGAGGAAAGGCUCACCGAAGUGUCCUUAUGUGGAUCCAGAUUGUAAGAAGCCAGAACCGGAACUAUUGAAUAAUGGACACUCUAACAAAGGGACUACAUCUGAUGUCCUUAGAUUGGCACAUUCGACUUCUCUGGGUCCUCUCUCAGGAGAGGAAGAUUUGGUUACAGUGGAUGAUGAUUCCCUGCUUUAUUCUUUUCAAAGAGUUGAGCCAAUUGUGGAGCAAACACUGGAAACCAAAAUCCAACUGAAUGGAUCUGGAUCAUCGUCCCGAAGCCAGCAAAAAUUGUCUAUCAGAAGGCCCCAAGUAAAGCAUGGAACUAAUGGGCUUUAUGCACCUCAGAAUGCCAACUCUAAUUGCACAACAUCUUCUGAGAGCCAGUGUAUAGGGAGAAAACAUGCCCCAUGUAGAGCAGCUAGAAAUGAAUUGUCUCCAACCAAUGAAGCAAACUUCGUAAGUGCUUCUGAGAAAGCAUCAUCCCCUUUAUUGCAAUGGAAUUGUAUGAAAGAUUGUGAUUGUGGAGAUGUGGGUUUUGACAAUGACAACAUUAGUUACCCAUGGCAUGAUGCAGAAGGUGGGAACUCCGAGGAUAUGGAAUAUGAACCACAGACAUACUUCUCAUUUACGGAGCUGUUGGCUUCUGAGGAUGGGGAGUUGGAUGAUCAAAAUGAUAUGCCUGUGGAUGCGUCAGAGAAUGGUUGCAACCCCAGCAGUUGUGAUGAAUUUGGAACUGCUUAUCGGGAAGUGCCUCCUUCCAAUUUAUCAGCAGUGGAUGUGGGGGGGUCUGCACAUACCUACUUGGCUGCCAAUGACACUGCACUUGGUGGUGUGGAGUGUCAGAAGUGCAAGCUCUACCAGCCCUCUCCUGAUCUCACAUGUGAAGUUUGUGGGCUGCAGAUACAUUCACAUUGUUCGCCUUGGGUUGAGAGCGAAGAGCCUUCUGGGGAUACCAAGUGGAGAUGUGGUGAUUGCCGGGAAUGGCGGAAGUCUAACAAUAUUGGUAGUGUGGUUCAGGCUUCAUGAAUGAAGGUUCUGUUGAUUUGACCAGUACAUGGUUCCGGGAGAACUUGAGGGCGCCAUGUUGGACGCUUGCAGAGCCUCGGUGAAAGAAAGGCCGCGAGAGUGCGUGUCGGGAAGGUAAGCAGCUGGGCUACAGCUGCUCGUUGUCGAUAUUCUAUCGGUGGUUCCCUGCUGUAAAUUUGCUGAUGGAAUGACGCAGCUUUUGCUCAUUUUGAAUCUCCAUGUUUCUGACGUCUAGCUUAUGAUCACCGGCUAGUUGGUUUUAACCAUGGAAUUAGUUCGGUGAUGCCGGCCAAACAAGCAAUGUCGGACACGAGAAUUUGUUGAACUGCAUAUAAGAGAGGGUUAAGCGUUAAGAGAGGUAUUCAAACUUUGAUAAAAUCAAUUGACAGAAUUUUGAAUGUAAUUGGUUAGGAGAAUGGAUUGGGUUUUGAUUUUAUCAGUGGGACCA